AAGAAGCGCUCAGCUGUGGUCCAGGCAGAGGGAAGGCGUGCGGUCCGUCUACAGCAAGCAAAGCUCCAGCACUUGUCCAGAGCUGUGAAGAGACAGGGAUAAUCACUCAAAAGAAAUCGGUCGGGACAACACAAACUUGAUUGUGUAGUUUUUGUUUUGAAUUUGGGGUUUUUCCUCCUCCCCCUUCCCCAAUUAUGGCUGACCAUCUUUUACAUUAUAAUGAUUCAGCUGGGGUUGGGAACAGAUUCGCCCGCAAAGGUGCUUUGCGGCAGAAAAACGUGCAUGAAGUGAAAAAUCACAAGUUUACUGCGAGAUUUUUCAAGCAGCCGACGUUCUGCAGUCACUGUACAGACUUCAUUUGGGGCUUUGGGAAACAAGGAUUUCAAUGCCAAGUGUGCUGUUUCGUGGUCCACAAACGGUGCCAUGAGUUUGUCAGCUUCUCGUGUCCCGGAGCCGACAAGGGUCCUGAUACAGAUGACCCCAGAAGCAAGCACAAGUUCAAGAUUCACACAUACGGCAGUCCAACCUUCUGUGACCACUGUGGCUCGCUGCUGUACGGGCUCAUCCACCAAGGGAUGAAAUGUGACACCUGCGACAUGAACGUGCACAAACAGUGUGUGGUCAAUGUGCCGAGCCUGUGCGGGACGGACCACACUGAGCGCCGGGGUCGCCUGUUCCUCAAGAUAGAGGUCAGCGUAGACAGGCUACACGUCACAGUCGGAGAAGCCAGGAACCUGAUUCCAAUGGAUCCAAAUGGUUUAUCAGACCCAUAUGUUAAACUCAAGCUCAUCCCGGAUCCAAAGAAUGAAACCAAACAGAAGACCAGGACCAUCCGUUCCUCUCUCAACCCCUGCUGGAACGAGUCCUUCACCUUUAAGCUGAAAGCAUCAGACAAGGACCGUCGUCUGUCCAUCGAGGUGUGGGACUGGGACCGAACCACUCGGAAUGACUUCAUGGGGUCCAUGUCGUUUGGAGUGUCUGAGCUCAUCAAAGCUCCUAAUGUUGGAUGGUACAAGUUGCUGAACCAGGAAGAGGGAGAGUACUACAAUGUUCCCAUUCCCGAGGUGGAUGAUGUCAACCUUGAGCUCCGACAGAAGUUUGAGGACUGCCAGUUAAAUAUCCACUAUCUGAAGAAAGCAAAGCUGGGUCACGGUAAGAAAGUGAUCACACCAUCAGACCACCGGCGGUUCAGCUUCCCGUCAGGGAAUAUGGACCGGGUCCGACUCAAUGACUUCAACUUCCUGGCUCUGCUCGGGAAGGGCAGCUUCGGCAAGGUGAUGCUGGCUGAGAUGAAGUCGACGGAGGAGCUGUACGCUAUAAAGAUCCUGAAGAAAGAUGUCGUGAUCCAGGACGACGACGUCGAAUGUACAAUGGUGGAGAAGAGAGUCUUGGCCCUGAGAGACAAACCGCCCUUCCUCACGCAGCUCCACUCCUGCUUCCAGACAGUGGAUCGGUUGUACUUUGUGAUGGAGUACAUUAACGGAGGAGACCUCAUGUAUCAUAUCCAGCGUAUGGGCAAGUUUAAGGAGCCACAGGCUGUGUUUUAUGCCGCAGAGAUUGCUGUCGGCUUGUUUUUCUUGCACCGAAAGGGAAUCAUCUACAGGGAUCUGAAGCUCGACAAUGUGAUGCUGGACUACGAGGGCCACAUCAAGAUAGCAGACUUUGGCAUGUGUAAGGAAAACAUGUACGAAGGAAUGACCACGCGCACUUUCUGCGGCACCCCAGACUACAUCGCACCGGAGAUUAUAGCAUACCAGCCUUAUGGGAAAUCAGUGGACUGGUGGGCCUAUGGAGUUCUUCUGUAUGAGAUGCUGGCAGGACAGCCGCCGUUUGAUGGAGAAGACGAGGACGAGCUCUUCCAGUCUAUCAUGGAGCACAACGUGUCCUACCCCAAGUCCAUGUCUAAAGAAGCCGUGUCCAUCUGCAAAGGACUGAUGACCAAGCACCCCUCAAAGCGUCUCGGCUGUGGCCCGGAGGGUGAGAGAGACAUCAGAGAGCAGGCCUUCUUCAGACGCAUCGACUGGGAGCGCCUGGCCAACAGAGAGAUCCAGCCACCGUUUAAACCCAAAGUGUGCGGCAAAGGAGCAGAAAACUUUGACAAGUUUUUCACGCGCACCCAACCCGUCCUCACCCCUCCGGACCAGCUGGUCAUCGCCAACAUCGACCAGGGCGAGUUCGCCGGCUUUUCCUACAUCAACCCUCAGUUCCUCCAUCCAUCCCUGCACAGCGUGGUAUGAGGAGAGAGAGAACGGAGAUUUUAAAGAAGGAAAAACACACAAAAAAAGCAUGACUGUCACUGAAUACAGGUUCCUUCCGGUCUCAACCAAACACCCCGCUGUCAACAGACUCGCAUCAUCCUCCGCAGUGCUCCGUCUACUAGCUAUCAACACCCGCAUCGAGAAAUGACCGAGGAGAGAGGAGCAAAGUGUGAAAACCAUAUAUGUACAAUCUAAAGAGAAUCGCUUUUCCAAACAUCUCACAGUAUGUUCUUUUAUUCUAACUCUCUGCCUCUUUUUCCAGACCUGCAGCCUUUACCUUGUGAACGAAUGUGUCUCAGUAUCAGUUACUAUCUCUUUAGGUAUUAAAUCAGUUUUCCCGCUCAUCCCACCUCUCAUGCUUCCCCCAUGUCACCACACAAAGAGCUGCAAUGCACAACAAAUACGGAACCUAUUUUUUCUGCUCUGUCCCGGCUUUAUCUACUUCUGAACUGCUACAUGUGUAAAUUAUAUUUAUAUACUAAAAGAAACAAACAAAAAAAAGAGGUAGUAUACUGUUACAUGAGUGCCAAAGUAGAAGUGGAAUAAUACAUUUCUAUUGCUGUCCUUGUAGUGUUUUUUCUCCACCCUUCCUCCUCUGGCCUUUUUUCCCAGUGAAAAAAAAAAUAAACGAAACCCUUAAACAGGGGCUGUUUGUAUCUGUUGUUUUGUAGGACGUGUAAAACUACAGUAUACCUAACCCGACAUGGAGAAGCUGAAUCAAACUGUGCUACAGUUACAAACUGUCUAGGUCUUUUCAAUGCAACAGAUGUUGCCUACAGUGGCUAUAGGGUCAGAAAAGUGUGGCUAAAAAGUCGCAGUGUUUUGAAUGAUAAAGAUGCUAUUUUCCAUAUGCACAAGCAGAUCUCUGUUGCAUGCUUAUUUUCUGACUCUGUACGAGCAGUAGACUCUAGGAUGCAUUACACGUCUGGUAUCAUUGUAAAGUUUAGUAUUACGAUAUAAACAGCGUUGAUAUAUAACUGUGGUACGUUUUCUUCUGAAGAGAGGGUCCUAAUUGGGAAAAACAAAAAAAGGGGGUUUGUCCCUGUUUUAAUGUUCUGUUUAAAAGACAGCUUUUACGUUCAGAGCGACGUCUAACCCCUCUGUCGUGAGUCGACCGUGUUUUUGUUUUAUUUAUUCGUUUCUGGGGGGUCUUUUAUGUAAAUAUGUUUCGAAGCGAUGAACUACUUGCAGAUUUUAUACUACGAACUGAAUGUGCUUUUAUUACCGUAGACGGUUCGGACAUUUCUAUGUUUAGAUUAGCCCUAAGAAGAGAUAUAUAACGUUUGGCUGAAUCUUUGGUAGCUUUGGUAUCAGCAAACCUUGUUAUAUGUAUUUCCACUACUUAUCCAUUGUUUUCUACUCGGUGUCAUAUAGAGAAUAUGCAGCACUUACUGUGCGUGGAACCCUUGAAUGCCCUCUUGCCUUGGUCGUCUCAGGGCUGACUCCUUAUGUAACUAAACCACGUUAAUGCUAAUGAGGAUUUCAGAGCCCUUCCUGGGGGGACGAAAUACGUCCUUUCUUUAUAUAUAUCGUGUGUGCAUGCGUGAGGCGAGGCCUGAUCUAAGCAUGAGAAAGACCCCUUGCAUGAAAUACAGAGAUCCCUGGUGUGGAGCAUGAAGUUUCCCACCUUACCGCGCAGAAUUAGACAAACCCCCACCAUCCCAGUCCAACCAGCAUCGUGCGCUUUCAUGUCUCUUCCCAGUUUCGCUGUCAUGUAGCCGGACCUGUUUGGCUAAAAUGCUAAAAUAUAAGCAGACAAAUGUGUGUAAAUUGCUUCUAAUGGCUUUUUGUUUACCGGUGCCAAACAGUCUUUUUUUGAUUUCAGUCAGGUGCGUCAAGCAGUUUGUUUAUUUCUGUAUUUCUUUGGGGGUUUUUUUGUGUGUGUGUGUGUUUUAAUUACCAAUAUGUACAAAUUAAAACAGUGAAUCUUCAAAAUGAACUGCCAAAUUAAGGAAGACUUUUUACCACAGCUUUUAACCUAUGAAUCAGUUAUGUACCAUGAAGACUGGUGUUGCAGCUGUCACAUAUAUCAGGACCAAAAUGAGAUCUCUACGUUUAAUCUGCGUGUUUACAUGUCUCACAUUGAGAAUCUGAACUGAAAGAGGGAUUUAAAAACAAAAACAACCCCUUAACAGAGAUCAUCAUAUGUUGGGCUAGUCAGGGUACAGAACCACUACAGGCUACAGUUAGAGCCACAGGGAUGUUUGUAUGUUUUCUUUCACUGCCCUUGCUUUUUGUUAACCUGAUUCUUCUCGUUCCUCUGUUAUUUGUGGUAUGACGGAUACUGUGCAUAAAUAAAGUAUGAAAAUGAAAAUA